AAUACUACAAAACAUCAAUUUGCAAUACACAAUAAUAUACACACACACAUUCUUAAAGAGCAAAAAGCUUGGAAAAAAAUAUUUCACGGAUUUUAAAAAUCGCAGAAAAUUCGUUUAAAUUUUGACUGUUUGUAUUUGACUGACUGAAAACAUUUCGAUUUUAUCGCGGCGAGAAGCUGCAUUUAUUUGAGCAGCCGCCGUUAAUUUCCGGUUCAGUAUAAAAAAAAUUUGACAGUUCAAUUUUUUCGCGAGGAAAAAAUUUCUUUUGAGGAAAAAAGGAAAAGGGGCUUGUCUGCAAAUUAAUUGAGAAUUGAAAGAGUAGCCAGCAAAGAUGUCUAGCGCGCAUAAGCAUCGAUACAAGAAUAUGGGGAUGGAUUCGACAGAGUUGCGACGUCGACGGGAGGAGGAGGGCAUUCAGAUCCGGAAGCAAAAACGGGAGCAGCAGCUGAUCAAGCGGCGUAACGUGAACACGCAGGUGAUAAAUUGUGAUGUGGAUCCAAUGGGUGUUUUGGGUGAAGGGAGCAGCUUUGAGGGUAAUGCGGUGGUGAAGAAGGAGAUGGUGAUGGCGAUUUACAGCGACAAUGAGCAGGAACAGCUCACGGCUACCCAGAAAUUCCGGAAACUUUUAUCGCGCGAGCCAAAUCCCCCAAUUGACGAUGUCAUCCAGACGGGUAUUGUGCCGCGUUUUGUGGAAUUCCUCAAGAACGAAAAGAACAGCACGCUGCAGUUUGAGGCCGCCUGGGCGCUCACAAACAUCGCAUCGGGCACUUCGCAGCAGACACGGAUUGUCAUUGAUGCGGGUGCCGUGCCCAUUUUCAUUCGACUUCUCUCGAGCCCCUUCGAGGAUGUGCAGGAGCAAGCAGUGUGGGCCCUCGGAAACAUUGCGGGUGACUCAUCAGAGUGCCGGGACAAUGUGUUGGAUUCCAAUGUGUUGGAGCCCCUUUUGCACGUCUUGAGCAAUGCCACGCGCCUCACGAUGACAAAGAAUGCCGUGUGGACGCUGUCGAAUCUCUGUCGUGGUAAGAAUCCACCACCGGACUUUUCCAAAGUCUCCAAAGCACUUCCAGCACUCGCUGGAAUUAUCUACCACACGGAUCCCGAUGUUCUCAGUGACUCUUGCUGGGCCAUCAGCUACUUGUCCGACGGACCUAAUGAUCGUAUCCAGACUGUCAUUGACUCUGGUGUCUGUCGGCGUCUCGUUGAGCUCCUCAUGCACAACGAGCAAGGAGUUGUCUCAGCUGCUCUAAGGACUGUUGGCAAUAUUGUGACGGGAGACGAUAUGCAGACGCAGUUGAUACUCAAUUGUGGUGUUUUACCGUGCUUGGUGAAUUUGCUGAUGUCCUCGAAGGAUUCAAUUCGCAAGGAAGCCUGUUGGACGGUGUCCAACAUCACAGCGGGCAAUCGGCAGCAAAUUCAGGCAGUGAUUGACAUGAAAAUCUUCCCAAUUCUCAUUGAUAUUCUGCAAAAGGCGGAAUUUAAGACGAAAAAGGAGGUCGCGUGGGCCAUUACGAAUGCAACAACGGGCGGAACACCCGAACAGAUAAAAUACUUUGUUCAAAUUGGAUGCAUACCACCCCUGUGUGACCUCCUCACAGUGGCUGAUCCCAAAAUUGUUCAAGUGGCUCUCAAUGGGCUCGAGAAUAUUCUCAAAGCAGGCGAUCAACGCAAUAUUAAACCCAACCCCUAUGCUGUUGCCAUUGAAGAGUGCUACGGCUUGGACAAGAUUGAAUUCCUACAGUCGCAUCAGAAUAUUGAAAUCUACCAAAAGGCCUUUGACAUCAUCGAACACUACUUUGGCAGCGAAGAGGAGGAUGCCCGUGUGGCCCCGUCAACGGAGAACAAUCAAUACCAAUUCAAUCCAGACCAAUCUGUGCCAACAGGCGGCUAUCAGUUCUAACACCAAAAAAACAUUGAAGCACUACCACCCCCGGAGAGAUUCAACGAUAACGACGAUGGUGGGUACACUGAGGAGGAGGAGGAAGAGGAGGAGGCGGAUUUUGAUACAGGACGCGAUUUAUAGAGAAGAAGAUUAGGAAGAUUUAAUUUUUUUUUAAGAAAUAGAGUCACCUUUGACCAUGAGAGACUCUUCUUCCUCUCUCUCUCUCUCUCUCAAGAGUAGACCUCUGUGAGUGAUUAAUAAGGAGAGAGGGAAGAUUAAACAAAAAAAAAAUUAAUAAAAAAAGCCAACAAAUUGGAGGAUGACAAACAUUAUUUAAACAAAAAAAAAGGAACUAUCAAUUAAAUUAAUAAAUCUAAUAGCAAAAAAGAAGAGCAAAAGAAACUUCUAAAACCCAAGUCAAUCGUGGUUGAAGAAACCAAGAUUUUUCCCCGUGUUAGGUCAAAAAGUUUGUUGUAAACAAAUUUUGUGGAUUUAAAUAUCGUGUCUAUAUGUAAUUUUGUGCAAAGAAAAAAGCCCCUGCACGGAAUAAUAAAGAAUUCGGUAUGAAAUUAAAAUAUAGAAGAAAAAAAAUCCUAUGAUAUGACUACAUAAAAAACUUUUCAUUUUUAACUCUUGGAUUUUCUUUUUUUAGUAAAUUAAAAACUUGGGAUAAUUAAAAAUAUAUCUUGCAAUUUAAAAUUAUAUUAUAAAUUUUUUAUCUAAUAUUGCGCUUCAUUUUUUUUUGUACUCUUAUUAUAUGAAAAUUAAUUUUCUUUCAUUGUUAUUUGUUUGAUAGAUAAAAUUGAGAGGCGAAGCGAAGAAAAAAAAAAGAAAUCCAUUUUGUAAAUAAAGGAACAAUUAAAUGUGUAUUGUAAACCUAAGGAAAA